CGCCAUAACAUAGCAUAACAAUGCCAUGUUUGAGUGAAACCAAACAUUAUCCAAAGCAAUUUCUUCACUAAAAACAAAUCACAGUAAUCAUAUAUUUUUUAUCGUGAUGAAGGAACAUAGUCUCAAAAUUUGCAUUACCAAUACAUUGACACUGUUAGUAAUGGUAUCGUUAAUUUGUUGCACAAAUGUUGCCGUUAGUACAAGCAACAACAACCUCAAUCCAGUGAUACUAAUACCAGGUAACGGAGGGAACCAACUAGAAGCAAAACUAACCACUAAAUAUAAACCUUCUACCUUAAUUUGUGAUCCAUGGUACCCUCCUUUCAAGAAGAAAAAUGGCUGGUUUAGAUUAUGGUUUGAUUCAAGUGUCUUACUUGCUCCUUUCACCAAAUGUUUUGCUUCUCGCAUGACUCUUUAUUAUGAUCAAGACCUUGAUGAUUACUUUAAUGUUCCUGGAGUGGAGACACGUGUCCCUAGCUUUGGUUCUACUUCCUCUCUUCUUUAUCUUAAUCCUCGUCUUAAGCUUGUCACAGGGUACAUGGCGCCCUUAGUAGAAUCAUUAGAACAGCUUGGUUACAUAGAUGGUCAGAAUCUGUUUGGAGCUCCCUAUGAUUUUCGAUAUGGUCUAGCAGCACCAAGUCACCCAUCUCAAGUUGGUUCCAAAUUCCUAAACGACCUAAAGAAUUUGAUAGAAAAAGCAAGCAAUUCCAAUGGAGGGAAGCCGGUGAUACUUGUCUCACACAGCUUGGGAGGUUUAUUUGUCCUCGAACUCCUUAAUCGGAACCCCUCUUCUUGGCGCAAGAAAUUCAUUAAACAUUUUAUAGCACUUUCUGCUCCAUGGGGUGGAACUGUUGAUGAAAUGUUCACUUUUGCAUCAGGCAAUACUUUGGGGGUGCCAUUAGUAAACCCUUUGAUAGUAAGAAAUGAACAGAGAACUUCUGAGAGUAACCUAUGGCUUUUGCCAAAUCCUAAGAUGUUUGAUAUUGAUAAAUCUUUAGUUACUACUCCAUAUAGAAACUACUCAGCACAUGAUAUGAUUGAUUUUCUUAAAGAUAUUGGUUUUCCUGAAGGGGUUUAUCCUUAUGAAACUCGCAUUUUACCUUUGAUAGCGAAAAUAGAUGCACCAGCAGUGGCUAUGACUUGUAUUAUAGGAAAGGGUGUGAAGACUCCAGAGGAAUUGUUUUACAGGAAUGGCGAUUUUGAUGAGCCCCCGGAGUUUUCGUAUGGUGAUGGUGACGGAACUGUGAACAUGGUGAGCUUGUUGGCACUUGAAUCUCUAUGGAAAGAUGAAAAAAAUCAGUACUUGAAAGUUAUUAAGAUUGGUGGGGUGACUCAUACUUCAAUAUUGAAAGAUAAAGUUGCACUUGAUGAAAUAAUUGGUGAGAUUAGUAGAAUUAAUUCUCAUGCUCAACUUGGUUUGAGCAAUAUUUCUUUAGCUACAUUUGAUGAGAAAUGAUCGUGGACAUGUAUAGUAACAAUGCAGAAAGCAGAUGGAGUCGUAUAACCAUUAUCUGCAAAUUUAUUUAUUUUUAGAGUUUUGUAUUGCCAUUUUAUUUAUUGAUCAUAGGAAUUAAUUGUUGUGAUGUGAAUAUAUGAAACAAUAUUUUUGACCAUUGAUGUUUUGAAAUUGUAGUGAGUUUGAAGUUUGAUAUUAA